AUUUGUGAGGUUUUAUCAACAACAAUUGACAGAAACAAGUUGAACCAGUUGGUUGAACAUUUAUUGUGGUAUAUCAUAACAGAGGAAAAUGUUCAUUAUUAACUAUCAGUUAAGGGCAGCAAUAUGUGCGCUGUGUUUGAUGUCAGGAUGUAUAAGUGAAAACAAUGUUUGCUCAGAUGUGAAUGACUGUGCGUGUGGGGAGCAAUGUGUGGAUAGGGAAGAUCUCCAACUUUGUCAUGGCUCACUAUGUGUAUGCCUUACUGGUUGUGCGGUAGGAGACAUUUACCUUCCACCAGGCGUCCGUAGAUCACGGACAUAUUGCAAUCUGUGCAGUUGUCCACGUAACAGAAGCAAUGGAAUUCCCAGGUGUACCAGAGGAAGAUGGUGUAACUUGCCGGAUGACAACAAGGUGUAUCAAACUAACCCAGCAUGUUUUCAACAGGGGAGAACAUUUUACAAUAGCUUGAAAUAACGCCAUACAGCAUACUUGUAGAACGAGUUCAGAAAGUUUCAUAUACACGAUUUUGCAGACACAGCUAUAUGUUAAACACUUAGUUCAUUUAUUGUUGUAGCUCAGUACAUAAUUUGGAAUGUGUCCGAUUUUCACAAAACAGACCAGAAAUAUUAAAAAUCAACAAAACUUUCUUCAAAUGACCAGUAUUUCGCUUUUUCCUUUAUUGUUUUAGCAGCAGUUAUUUCAUUUUUACAUGUAUACUCGAGAUGACAUAAAUAGCAAUGAAAACAAUAUUGUGUUUCAUUUGUCCUGUAUACACUGUCAUAUUUUGUGAACCACUACCACAUUUUGCUGAUAAUUGACAUACAUGUUAUGAUCAUUUUAUGUUAAUAAAGAAGUAUAUAAUAAACAA